AUGGAGACGGAACACUUUCCAGCUAUCCAGGUCAUUGCGUUCGAGGAGCAUGGAUCAACCUUAAGCCCACCCGCCUGUGCAACUGGGUUCAAGGAACGCCCGGGCCUGUCUCACUCUAUGAGGCAGCGUCCCCCGUCUCCGUCGCCUCAGGCGUCAUCAAUGCUGCUCAACGACACCCUUACGCCGGAAUAUCCAGGGGCCCCAGAGCGUCCACUGUCGGCCGUGUCGUGUGCUUCCUCUAUCACUCUCUCCGGCGUCCAGGCGAAUGCGCUGCCUAGUACUCCGGAAAAUCCGACGUAUUUUUCAGGCCCGUUGACCGCCGAACCCGAAUCCAUCAUUGCCGGCAUAUCCGAGGGCGACCCGGAAGAGUCGAAGAAACCUGUUUUCCUCGCUCCGACGCCGGCCACGUUCUGCCAUGACUUGCGGUAUGAACGUCGCGAAAGACUUGAUCUCAACAAAUUGAAGACAUUCUUCGAGAACAUCCCUGCCAAGAAUGCGAUACCUGCGAGGCCGGAGAGCUUGGGUGAGAUGGGGUGGAAGCAGUACACCCAUCCUGAAGGCAAUCCAUAUUUCCGCCAUAAGAACUUCUAUACCAAUACGUGGCUACAUGACGAGCUUAUGCUCAAAAGGAUUGAGAUCGCAGUUGAACUCAUCCUGACAGAGCUACGGAACCAUCCCGAUAUAUCGCAAGAAGGUAUUGAGGUUGGGUUGGAACUGUCCCAGGAUGAGGUAGGGGAUAUCCUCGGAUGCUACUAUCUCGUCGAUAUCAAGACGGAGAGCACCUUUUGGCUCCAUGAAAUUCCCGCCUGCCUCUUGUCCGGCACCGAUUCGGUGAAGAUCCUUGGAAGAGAGCACUUGAAUAGGGUGGAGGAUCUGAAGAGCGACCUCAACUAUUUCUUGCUAGAUAAGCAGACUUCUAAGUCAUCCACCGCGCCAUACAACGUAAAAGAUGCACGGAGUCUUGUCCAGAUUAUCAAAGAGAUCAGAACAGAACCCAACGGACCCACGCGGCCCCAGCAAGUAGUCAUUGUUUGUCGCUUGAUGGCAACAAUUUUCCGGGAACGAUUCAUCCGAUACCAUGGCGAGCCAUACGCACAGCUUGAUUCCGAUAGGAGCGUGUACCAGGAGACACACCAGGGUCGACACCUCUGGUUCAGGAUGUUCUCGUGGAUAUCCUUCUGGACACCGCAAAUUUACCAUGAUCGUUUGAGCAAAACCUGGGUAGACUCAAAAGUUAAUUACGAUCAAUGGGGAACCUUCAUCGGAGAGCUCCAAAAGGACUGGGAAGCAUCUAUCACUCCGUCAACUGUAAUCCUUACCGCAAAUGUGUCGUUCUUGGCUAUCCAAAGCGUCGACGACAAUGGCGUUGUUAUCGCUAACCGAAGCAUGGGUCAGAUCGUCAGCUAUAUUUCGACCAUGCUGACUAUCGGGAACAUCGUUGCCUGUACCAUCCUCACCCGGCAACAUCGGCAGGCCACGCACCAGUACGCCGAAGCAGCAGCUGGGUACCUGAGCUCUCGCGCGGAAUCCAAAGUGGGCCUAGAAGUGCUCGCUAUCCUUUUCAGCAUCCCGACAGUGUUCUUCGCUUGGGGACUGUUGACAUUCCUCAUCGCCAUCAUCUGGGUGUGCCUCUGGGGCACAAGCGUAGCGACCCGGAUCUCAGUCUGCGUCGUCAUCGGCAUCGGCGCCUUCCUCAUCGCUUGGAUCGUGCGGAACGGCGAUUGGCAGGCGCAGCAGAGCGUCUCCACGCUCUCGGCGAAGAUGAAGCGGAUGCACAAGCUUGUCAAAAAAGUACCUAGGCGAAUGGCGACGGGCCUCCGCACAUUAUCCAGUCGCGCCAUGAUAAUGACAAGGUGGUCUCUCGCCAAGCCGCUCUCCGCUCGAAGGUCGCGGUGGUCAGGUCCUGUUUCUGAUCCGUCCAAUACGCCUGGAGACGUUGGCCUUUACGCAAUUCCUUCGGGCGAUGAGGCUGUUUGA